GAUAAAUGGAUGCAACUGCCAGAGAUGGGAUACCUUGUAGCAACCAGGUUCCAAGUGGUUUUCAUAUCCAUCUCUUCUCAGGGUUGUUGGUCAUACCUUCCACUAAGAGGAGAAGGUCCACCUCCUGUACAUCGUGUUAUAGCUGUUGGUCAUGUGAUAAAUCACUUUGUACAGCUCCAUCUAACUCCUGGACAUUCUAUGCCGCCAAUUGCUCUCCAGUGGGAACGGUAUGUUGAUCCUAUAUCAGUAAGCUGGUGCGUCCCAUAUGUUACACGUUUACACAGGUUUACAUCAGAAUUAGAAGCUUGGUUUGUUACUUUUGGUGUUCCUCUUAGUCACCAAAGCUAUGUAGACAUCACCACAGACUGACGCCACACUUUGUGUAAUAUUCAUUUGUAAACGCUCUGUAAUAUUAAUCUGAUGGGCCUUGCCCUUAUGUUGUUCAUUGCUGCUUUUAAUAAUAGUAAUUUGAUGGUCAUUGGUAUA